AUGACAAACUCUACUCCUUUUACACAGUUCAUACUUGAUGCUUACCUGGAUGUUGGUCUUCUAAAAUACUUGGUUUUCAUUACUGUUAUGUGUUUAUAUAUUGUAAUCAUUGUGUCUAAUGUUCUGCUGAUUGUGGUUAUCUGUGUGAACAGAAGCUUACAUGAACCCAUGUACUUUUUUCUGUGUAGCCUGUUUGUUAAUGAACUGUUGGGCAGCACAGCUGUGUUUCCAUUACUACUGACUGAGAUCCUCAGAGACAUUCACACUAUUCCUGUUUCAUUUUGUUUCCUGCAGAUCUUUAGUAUUUAUUCAUAUGCAAAUAUCGAGCUUUGUAUCCUGGCCGCCAUGUCUUAUGACAGAUAUCUGUCUAUCUGUCAUCCUCUGCAGUAUCACACAAAUAUGACGUCUACAAAAGUUGCUGUACUUAUUGCUCUGACAUGGGGUUUUCCAGUUGUGGAGGUUGGUGUUAUGGUUUCUUUAAGUGCUCCUUUACAUCUGUGUGGAAACGUUAUCCCCAAAGUCUACUGUGAUAAUUACUACAUAGUUAAACUGGCCUGUUCAGACAUUACAGUCAAUAACUUCUAUGGAAUAGUUUAUACAGUUAUCAUAAUCUGCAGUGUCCUGAGUGUCAUUAUUUACUCGUACUCUAAGAUCCUUAAAGUGUGUUUUUCUGGAUCUAAACAGACCAGACAUAAAGCUGUCAGUACCUGUACACCUCACAUUGUUUCACUGUUAAACUUCUGUUUCGGUUGUUGUUUUGAAAUAUUUCAGAGCCGGUUUAAUAUGACCUAUUUGCCCACUGUGCUGCGUGUUUUUCUGUCACUGUACUUCCUCACAUGUCAACCGCUCUUUAGUCCGUUAAUAUAUGGACUGAAUUUGACCAAAAUCCGCAAUAUCUGUAAAAGUAUAUUCUGUGUUAAUCGAAUGUUUUACAAUCUGUCAGUAUCAGCAGAACUUGGAUCUAAUAGACACAGGUGGCUCAUAUCAGCCAGUGUGUUAUGUUGUUCAGUAACACCUUAA